GUACACACAACGGUAUGAAGGUAUCCCUUCUGCUUCUUCUCGCGGGCGCCGCGAGCGCGACGUUCUCGUCCCAGUGCAGAGGCCAGCAGUACAACACUGACCUUCCGGGCGACGUGAUUGCCAAGAGCUACCGCUUCUUCGCGUCCGAGUGCUGCGCCGACUGCCAAAACACCGACGGCUGCGCUGCCUAUGUCCACUACUACGGCACGUGCUACCUCAAGGCGAGCACGGGCACGGCGCGGAGCCUCUGGGGCGCGACGUCGGCGACGCUCAAGUCGACCGCUCCCUCGAGCUGCAGCCGGCUCCAGGCCGACACGUACUACUGGGGCGCGGACGUUGGGUCAACCUUCCGCUUCACGCCCGCGGGCUGCUGCGCCGACUGCGACGCCAACCCGCGCUGCGAACGCUUCACGUCGUACCUUGGCUGGUGCAUGAUGCACAGCAAGGACGCCGUGCGCUACAACGGUGUGUGGGGCGCGACAUCCGGGUCGCGAUCGCUGCCUAGCCCGACGCCCAGCCCCUCCACGGCCAAGCCCACGUACCCGCCGACGCCAGCGCCGACCGAUGCGCCUACCCAGGCCCCGACGCAGGCUCCCACCGAUGCCCCGACGCAAGCGCCCACCGACGCGCCGACAACUGCCCCAACGGUUGCGCCGACUGUCGCCCCGACUGUCGCCCCGACGGUUGCCCCGACGGCUGCCCCGACGGCUGCCCCGACGGUCGCGCCGACGGUUGCCCCGACGAUUGCCCCGACGGCUGCCCCGACGGUUGCCCCGACGAUUGCCCCUACGGCUGCCCCGACGGUCGCGCCGACUGUCGCCCCGACGACUGUCCCGACGGUGGCACCAACCACGGCCCCGGUUUGCGCCCGCACGCGCAAGUCGUGGAACUCCUACACGGAGGCGGAGAAGACGACGUACAAGAAGGCGAUCGAGACGGCCAUGACGAAUGGCACCUACGCCGUCUUUGCCAAGAUCCACCGCAACCAGAUGACGUGGUAUGAAGCCCACGGCACGUGCGUCUUUCUCUACUGGCACCGGCGCUUCCUUCUCGGGUUUGAAAAUAUGCUCCAGUCCCUCGACCCGUCGUUUGCGUGCGUCACGAUCCCGUACUUUGACUACGUUCAAGACAGCGUCGCAUUCCGCGCCGGGUCGUGCAAGUCUGUCUCGGCUUGCUCGAGCAUUGCGCGCGAGCUCACGGGCUUCAAGACGUCGUUCCAGUGGAGCCGCGGCAACUGGGCGACCGCCAAAUUCACGCCCGACAUGAGCUUUGUCAACAUCAAGUCGACCGUGCUGCCGUCGGGCCAGUCGCCGACGCUCGCCGAUGUGAGCAAGAGUAUCGAAGGCCGUGUCCACAACUCGGUGCACAACUUGCUCGGCGCUGACAUGACGACGUCGUCUUCGCCCAAGGAGCCCAUGUUCUGGUCGCACCACGCGCUCAUCGAUCUCCUCCACACCAUCAACUUUGAGUGCCGCGCCAAGGGACUCCCGAAGAACGACCCCAAGGUCUUUUCGAGCUGCUCAGUGCGCAGCGGCGCUGCCAAGGUCGAUGCGAACUCGGUCGUCAACAUGCUCGAAGACGGCACGAGCCAGAACGUCGACGAGACGGCGGUCACCAAGCCGUGGUUUGCCGGUGUCCCCAACAAGUACUACGACCUCUCGGACGUGACGCAGCUCGGCGCCUUCAGCUACAACUACGAGAUGAGUGGGUUCCUCAAGGACUUGCUCACCAACUGUGACAACGUCGUCCCCGACAACCGCGAAGACGCUGUCAUCGUCGACACACCACACGUCCUCACGACCACGUACCGCAAGGACAAUGCCGACGAACGUGUCUGGCAGCGCGCCAUGAUGCAGCUGGGCGCCGCUUCGAACCUCACGGUCUCGGACGCCGAGCUCGAGAUGGAAAAGGUGCAGACGCUUUUGUACGAAAACUGCUUUCCCGGCACGAUCCAGGAUUUCGACCCGGAGUUCAAGAAGCUUAUGGGCAUGGAGAACAUGAAGUCGCACGACCUCAUGCUCCUCGAGUCGAUCCAGAGCGGCGCCAACCCGAUCAAGCUCCCGCUCGACAAGUGGACUGCGAUCAACGAGCAGACGUACCACUGCCGCGGUGACGUCAAGGUCCUAGAAUAGGUCAACUAAUUCGCGUACAAUCAUAAGAAUAUACUGUCAUGUAAACACCCG